CCCAUUGAAAUUCUCGAUAAAACUAAUUUAGAAUACAAGAAAAAUGUUUGCUUAAUUAUUUCUGAGCAACAUUUUUCCAUAAUCAAUACCUUAAUAAAAAAUUGCUCGACUUAUCAAAAAUUAUUAAGAACAUAUGCGUAUGUACGAAGGUUUAUCCUCGCCUUAAAAAUACGCUGUUCUAAGACAGAUGACAAAUCAUCUGAAAUACUUCAAAAUAAAUUUUUAUCAAGUCAAGAGAUUGCUCAAGCUGAGCAUGAGCUUUUAAUUUGGAUUCAAGGUGUAUAUUUUGAGACGGGAAUUAAAAUUUUUAGCUCGCAAAUUCAAAGUAAAAAUACACGAUUUAAUAAUCUAUGUCCAUUUCUCGACGAGAAAGGCCUACUACGCGUAGGUGGGCGUUUAAAACGAGCUAAAAUUUCCUAUAAUCAAAAACAUCCUAUUUUAUUACCGUCUAAAAAUUAUUUCACUGACUUAAUUAUAAAAGACAUUCAUUUUAGACAAUUACACUCAGGUAUACAAACUACCUUAAAUGCCAUGCGUCAACGUUUUUGGGUACUUGAUGUAAGAAAUCAAGUACGCCAAGUCAUACGUAAGUGCAUGACUUGUUUCCGCUUUAUAGCUGAAGCAGAAAAAUUCAAAAUGGCUGACCUGCCAGAAGAUCGAGUCAAUGCCCGAAAUGUAUUUAAAAAUGUCGGUAUUGACUAUUGCGGUCCAUUUUUCAUAAAAGAGAAAAAAUUCCGUAAUACAACUAAAAUAAAAAUAUAUGUAUGUGUCUUUGUGUGUAUGUCCGUAAAGGCAGUACACUUAGAAGUAGUUAGUGACCUAACAACUGAAGGUUUUUUAGGAGCGUUGCGGCGAUUCAUUGCAAGACGCGGUACCCCUGUUAAAAUCUAUUCAGAUAACGGUACCAAUUUUGUCGGUGCGAAAAAUCAAUUAAAAGAAUUAUAUAAUUUACUAAAUUCUGAUGAGCAUAAACAUCUGGUGCAUAACUUUACAGCGUCACAUAUACCACGAAUAUCAUGGAAUUUUAUUCCACCAUUAUCACCUCAUCAAGGGGGACUGUGGGAAUCCACAGUAAAAUUAUUUAAACAUCAUCUCAAACGGGUAGUAGGUGAAUCACUUUUCACAUAUGAAGUAUUCACCACCUUCACCACUGAGGUUGGAGGUAUUUUAAAUUCAAGACCUCUUACACAGAUGUCCUCUGAUCCAAAUGACCUUAAUGUCCUUACACCUGCACAUAUUCUAAUCGGCGAACCUAUUCGAAACUUGCCGGAACAAGAUUACACUGAUACACCCACUAAUAGAUUAUCAUUUUGGGAACAUAUUACCAAGAUGAAACAACAUUUCUGGGCUCGUUGGCAUAUUGAAUAUUUACACGAGUUACAGAAACGUCAUAAAUGGGCUAAGGACACCGCUAACAUUAAGGUUGGCGAAAUAGUCCUCCUGGUGGAGAAAAAUGCUCCGUGUACUAGUUGGCCACUUGGACGAGUGAUCGAGGUAUAUCCAGGAGCUGACCAAGUAGUCAGAACCGCAGUCGUGAAGACGGCCAAUGGGACCUACACCAGAUCAGUCACAUUGCUGUGCCCGCUGCCAUUCAAUGACGUCACACCAGUUCCGAACCAAUAAUUAUCAAU